AUGACAAAGAGAGCGGUGAUUAACGUGCGAUCGAUGGACAAUGCAUGCUUCGCGUGGUUUGUGAUCGCCGCUCUGUACCCAGCCAAAAGAAACGCGGAUCGUGAAUCUUCCUACCCACACUAUACGACGGUGCUGAAUUUCCAAAAUAUAGAAUUUCCUAUAACGUUAAAAGACGUAACGCAAUUCGAACGUCUCAACGACGUGUCUAUUAACGUAUACGUUAUCGAGGGACAAAAUACGCUAAACGUUCUCCCGAUACGACUCAUCGACGACAAAAAGGAGAAACAUGUCGAUUUACUAUAUUUGCGAGAUCCGCGAGACGACAAUGUGGGCCAUUUCGCAUGGAUCAAGAAUCUGUCUCGGCUCAUGAGCAAGCAAUUGAACAAACAUAAUGGCCAAAAGUACAUUUGCGAUCACUGUUUACAUUAUUUUCAUUCCAACGAGAGAUUGCAGUUACACAUAGUAGAUUGCCAACGGAUAAACGAAUGCGCUAUCCGACUACCGAGCAACGACGACAAGUGGCUGAGCUUUAACAACUAUAAUAGGAAGGAACGAGUUCCAUUUGUCGUUUACGCUGAUCUAGAAUGCAUUCUCGAGAAAACUGAUGGCGAUCAGGAAGCAUCUACGCUCACGUAUCAUCAUCAUCAUCAAGUAUUUAGCAUAGGAUAUUACGUGCGCUGUUCAUACGACAAUUCGCUAUCAAAAUAUCGAUUUCAUCGCGAUCCGGAUUGCGUUUCAUGGUUCGUUGAAGAACUGAGAAGUUUAGCACAUUCCGUAAAAAAAAUUUUAGUAGCUAAUGUCCCCAUGGAAACUUUGUCGAGCGAACAGCGGGAGACAUUGCACAGCGCGACGCAUUGUCACGUGUGUGAAAAGCCUUUCGCGCCAGACGAUAAUCGAGUAAGAGAUCAUUGCCAUUUAACCGGUCGUUACAGGGGUCCCGCGCAUUCAAAUUGCAAUUUAAAUUAUAAAAACUCAUAUUUUAUUCCCAUAGUUUUCCACAAUUUAUCAGGCUAUGAUUCACAUUUUGUUAUCAAAGAAGUAGCUACAGUAUAUGAAGGCAGUAUUGAAUUACUACCAAUAACAAAGGAAAAAUAUAUAUCAUUUACAAAAAAUGUUAAAGAUACCGCUGAAAGAUCAGAUUCGCGAAAUAACAUAAAAUUACGGUUCAUAGAUUCUUAUAAAUUUUUAAGUAGCAGUCUCGAUAAAUUAGCAUCCUUUCUCAAUAAAAAUGAACUUCGAAUUUUACAAUGCGAAUUUCAAAAUUUGUCCGAAGAUGAUUUCAAGUUACUGAUACGAAAAGGGAUUUUUCCAUACGAAUACAUUGAUUGUGCCGACAAGCUGCAGGAUACGCAUUUACCAUCGCGCGAGUCAUUCUACAGUUCCUUGACCGGUGACACCGUAUCCGAAAACGAUUACGCGCACGCCGUGAACGUUUGGCAACAAUUCUAUGUUCAAACCUUGGGUGAAUACAGCGAUCUAUAUUUAAAAACGGACGUGUUGCUGUUAGCUGACAUUUUUGAAAAUUUUCGCGAUAAAUGUUAUGUUCUUGAGGUUGACUUAGAAUAUCCGGAGCGUCUGCACGACGAGCACGUUGACCUACCAUUUUGUCCAACGCGUGAUAAACCACCUGGCAAGCAGCAGGAUAAACUUUUAGCGACUUCACCAUGGCUUCGCGAUUACAUAGAGCUUAACACAAAAUUUAGAACGCUCGCGAAGAAUGAUUUUGAGAAAAAUUUAUUUAAGUUAAUGAAUAAUGCAGUAUUCGGCAAAACCAUGGAGAACGUGCGCAAUCACAUCGAUGUAAAAUUAUUAACACAAUGGGAUGGACGAUACGGCGCAGAGGCAAUGAUCGCGAAGCCGAAUUUUCAUAGCAGAAGUGUAUUUUCUGAAAAUCUGAUAGCAAUUGAAAUUCGUAAACUUGAGGUGAAAUUCAACAAACCGAUCUACGUAGGAAUGUGUAUACUCGAUAUAUCGAAGGUCUAUUUGUAUGAAUUUCACCACGAAUAUAUAUUACCGCUGUAUCGCAAAAAAUGUGAAAUUAUGUACACAGACACUGAUAGUCUCAUAUAUCGCAUCGAGUGUGAUGACGUUUAUGAACAAAUGAAGCGUGAUAUCAUUAGAUUCGACACGAGUGAUUAUUCUACCGAUAAUGUAUAUGGUAUACCACUUGCGAACAAAAAAGUGCCAGGUUUAAUGAAGGAUGAAAAUAAUGGCGCAAUAUUGACUGAAUUCGUCGGACUCAGAGCGAAAAUGUAUGCGUUAAGGGUGGAUGGUAAAAAGGACACAAAAAAGGCGAAAGGUGUCAAAAGUAACAUCGUAGCGCGAACUAUAACGUUCGAUGAUUACACCCGAUGUUUAAACGAUGAAAUUGAAAUGACUCGCCAACAGUCAUGCAUAAGAUCAAAAUUACAUCAAGUAUAUACGAUAUCUGAGACGAAAAUCGCUCUAAGUCCGUACGAGGACAAACGAUACAUUAUACCGAAUUCAACC